AUGAGCAAGACAGUUGAGACAGUCGAUUUGUCCAAUACUGCUGGACUAUACUAUGGACCAGCGACUGUUUCAAGUGGUAGGGUCCUACACAUUUCAGGCCAGCCUGGAAACAUGAACGACGGCUAUGUCCCGGAUGACUACGAGUCGCAGAUUCACCUGUGUCUCUUCAACCUGCGCAAGCUUAUUAUUGCCGCUGGCGCCAACAUUGAGCACAUCGCCAAGCUCAACGUGUACAUUGUCAACUACGACGUUAGCAACCGCAAGCACGCCAAACCCAUCCAACGCUUCUUUGGUCGACACAGACCUGCUCAGACCUUGGUUCCCGUGCCCAAGCUGGCCGUUCCAUCUUGGCUUAUCGAAAUCGAUGCCACCGUCGCUCUUCCGCAACCUUCUUUGCCUCCUGCCCUCCCCGAAGCGUCUGAGUCCUAUGAUGUCGUUAUUAUCGGCGCCGGUCUAGCGGGUCUCACGGCUGCCUACGAGGUCCGCAAGUCUGGACUCUCCUGCGUCGUGCUGGAGUCGCGCGACCGCGUGGGUGGUAAGACCUGGAGCCAGCCGUUGGAGGAUGGUGGUGGUAUGAUUGAUGUUGGUGCUGGUUGGAUCAAUGAUACCAACCAGAGCCGUGUGUAUGAGCUUGCAAAGCGCUAUGGGGCAGAAUGCAUUGUUCAAAACACCACUGGCAACGUUGUUCUACAGGACUUUAACGGAAACUGCUCGCCAUUCCCUUACGGAGAGCUCCCAAACUUUGAUGAAGCUGCCAAGAAGAACGUCGCUGAGAUCCGAGACCUUUGCGAAGCGGAAUGUCAGGCCCUUGAUACCUGGAGACCUCAAAAUACUACCCUUGAUGCUGUCACAUUUGAGGCUUUCCUGAAGUCCAAGGGUGCUUGUAAGGAGGCUUUGGCUACAGCCACAAUCUGGACUCGUGCCAUGCUGGGCCUUGAGCCAAGCGACAUUUCGGCUUUAUACUUCCUUAACUACUGCAAGUCUGGCGGUGGCCUCUUGCAGAUGCGCUCUGAUCGUAAGGACGGCGGCCAGUACCUGCGAGUUCGCCAGGGCACUCAACACUUCUCGCUUGGCCUCGCCUCAGAAUUACCUGAAGGAGUCGUUCGCCUGUCCAGCCCCGUUCAGAAUGUUGUUCAGCAGAACAGCAGAUCCAUCAAGGUUCAGUCUGUUGGCAAGACAUACUCUGCUCGCAAGGUCAUCACAACCGUGCCCGGACCUGCUCUGAAGAACAUCUCUUUCUACCCCAGCCUACCACCUGUGAAACGAGCUUGGUCCGAGUCUCUUAUCUACGGCUAUUACACCAAGGCCAUGAUGGAAUUCAAAUCCCCCUUCUGGGUUGAGCGCGGUUACUGCGGACUUGUGCAGUCGUUUGUUGGUCCUGCUGGCGUCAUCCGUGACAGCUGUAGCCCCAAAGAUAGCAAAUAUGUCCUGACCUGCUUCAUGGGUGGUGAUCCCGGUCGUGCUUGGGCUGCUUUAUCCCACGAGGGGCGUAUCAAGGCUUUACUUGAGCAGAUUGGCAAGCUAUAUGGUGGUAUCAAUGUGGAAGAUCAAUUCAAGAGCUUGAACGCUUAUGAAUGGGUGAACGAUGAAUGGGCCGGUUGGGGCUGUCCUUGUACGUCGCUGCCACCCGGUGUGCUGGACAGUCUUGGUGGUGACGGUCUACGUGAGCCUUGCGGAGAUCUUCACUUUGCGGGUACAGAAACGGCUGGUGAGUGGAAGGGUUAUAUGGAGGGUGCUAUUCGCAGCGGCGAGCGUGCCGCUGCUGAAGUUGCGAAGGACUUGAACUCUGGGAUCGUGGCUCGCCUGUAA